GCCCGGACGCUGCUUGAUGGAUUCUUAAAGGACCUCAAGGCCCCAAGUUUCACUUGAAAUCCCUCUCCCACCUUUCUUGAUGGCUCGAAUGUCUUAUGUGUGUUUUGAAAGUUGCGUCAUCGAUUUUCGUUGAUGCCUGCCUGGGCCUUUUGACUAGGUCGCAUCCAACAACCUCCACCACCGAUCUAGUGUACCGGUUCUUCCUUUAUCUUUGUCACAACUCUCACCUCCUGGGUGUAAUAGAAGAGUUUAUAGGCCUUCCUCGCUCUUACGAGUACCCUUGCGUCGUAGGCCGCAUUUAUACUAGCUCCAACGCCCCUUCACCAUGACGAAAGACUGGGAUUCCGUACGAACGGACAUUGCAGAGCUCUCAGUCCACCAGAAAAAGUGUCUCCAAGAAGUAAAGGCGAUCAUGGAGAGCAAGCAUAAGUUUCGAGCUUCAACUAGAGCAUAUCGAAUGAAGUUAAAGGAGUGGGGAUAUACAAGGCACCGACCGAGGAAGGCAACCGAAGACCGGACUGAUGGAAGAGAAGAAGAUGAAGAGGACGUCAUGGAAAUCGAGAGGGUGGAGGAAAGUGACGUGAGUGCAACCGUUGGUUUGAGUACGCCGAUAGUAGAAGAAUCCACAGACAUUCUUCGAGCAAUUGAUCCUUGGAGCCAAGCCAGGACCGUAACCACAGAUAUUGUUAUGGAUAUGCUUGCAGCCGUUUUAGAGGGUGAUUCGCAGAAGCUAGAGCACCUCAUCCUUACACACCCAAACCACGUCAAUUACCCAAUCGGCCUUCCAUUUGAUGUUCACGGCGGUCGAUUCUUCAACCACCCCGCAAUACAGUCUUGUGUCAUCCUUCAACAUUCGGAUCAAACUCUGCUUGACAUUGCCAGUGCCUUGCCAACCGGUCCAAUCAUAUGGGUUCUCAUUUCCAAUAGCGCUAAAGGUUCCCGUCAUCCUCUUGGAACAGACCUUGCAUUUCAUAACGCUAUUAAAAACGGACGCACAUAUACAGUGCAGUCUCUUCUCCACUCAGGCGGAUCUCAAGUAAAUGGAAUUCCUGGAACUUCGUGGAGGCCCUUGCUUCAAGCCGCCUUCUGGAAUGUCCCCGAUAUCGUUCGCUUGCUUCUUGAUCAAGGUGCAAGUGUCAAUGACCAAGCUGCCCCUUUGGAUGGUAUGCCUUUUAAAACUGCUCUCCAACUGGUCCUAGAUCGCCGCGUCACCGAGUACCUUAAUCCACUAGCGAGGGAACGCUGUGAGAGGAUUAUGAAGAUGCUUCUAAAUGCAGGAGCGAAUAUACAUGUGCCCCCUGCUGAAGAUCUAAACGGCCUCACACCGUUUGAAACGUUCAUCAAGCCUUGGCAGGGGAACCCAUCGUGGGCAACGGGUCUAACCCCGACUGACAUCGAAUGUCUCGAAGCGUUCAUAAGAAAAGGCGCAGAUCUGCAAACAUCAUUCCACGGAUUUCCGUGCUCGGCUCGUUCUGGGGACACAUUCGAACACCAGGUUCUGUGGCACUCUACACCCAGGACAGCGCGUCUUCUUGUCGACCAUGCUGCCCCGAGCCCGAAAGCCAAUGGAGCUAAUUUACUCCACGAGGUUCUUGGCUGCUGCCCCGACGCAAAAAGACACCCCGCCGACACCUUACGCGACAUUGACGUGUUGCUCAAAGGAGGAGCAGACCCUAAUUUUGCUAGUUCUGAUGGCUGGACUCCUCUACGGCAAUGCAUCGCGCGGUGCCCUGCUGUUGAUAUCAUCCCUCGCAUGCAGUGUCUCCUCGACGGUGGCGCAAACCCGGAGUUAGCUGAUGGAAGUGGUAUACAGCCGAUCACUCUUGCAUCGCGUUCCUUCGAAGAGCCACUAAAGCUGCAAGUACUGGAGGCGCUCAUAGCAAAAUACCAGGGUAGGUACCCCCAGCAUAAGGCCGCAUGCGAAAUCUCUCGAUGGACUGAAGGUUAUUUUCCCAUCCCUAAAGAUCCAACUUUGGUGCAGGUAUCCGGGUAUGGGGAACAGUAUGGAGAUUUUGCAACGAAUUGCGAACGCCUGCUUCCCAAAGAUGUUUGCCCUGCGUUUCAGAGAGCUGCCUUCAGUGUCGCCAGCAGAUACUUUCUAAAUUCUGCAACUGAGCGGGCAAAAAUGACGAAGGAACUCCGACUGACAACAAGUGAGAAAGACGAAAUACACCAUGUCAUUACGAUGCGCCAGGCAGCAGGUCUGCCUGAGUACAGAUUCGAUCAGGGGUUUGUCAUGAGCUUGCUCAUGCCUUCUUCAAACCCGACCCGAACGUCGACCGUCGACUUUUCUGACAUGGCGAGCCCGUCUAACUCAAUAUAUGAUCCACUAAACCUUCUGCCAAGCCGUCUCCCUAUCCUAUCUCUCCUCAGUACAACGUUGCCAAAUCCUCCAACCCCACUAAUAGUCACAUCGCCGGCUGCGACGGUCACGGUACGCCGCGCAUCAGUAUCCAGCACAUCGUCGAGCGAAUCUGCCCAUUCCUUCUUCGUCCCCAAUACAACACAGAUUCGAUUUCCAGUAGGCAGAAAGACGAAGCCGAAAGAUCCGAAAGUCCCAGUGACUGACCAAGUUGUCAAGUAUAGGUGUAAGAGCUGCCAACAUGGACCGCUAUUGACACGUCCAGAGUACCAGAAACAUGAAGAGGAGCACUUGCACACUAUUACGUGCCUGGAACAGAAUUGCACGCGGCGGUUUUGUGUCGCUGAAAGGAGUCGCUGAAAGGAGUCGCUGAAGAAGAUCGGUGAACGUGCGCUCCCUGGGGGAGUUCUUAUCAGCCUGGAGCGUCAAUGCGAAGAGGAUGUAUCGCGUGCCAUUCAAUCGGGAGUCUCGAGCUAGGUGAUAUGGGUAACGUUCUUGGCUGGCACUUUCCUUUCUCCCUA